UUCAGGGAGCUGCACUUCACACAAAUCUAGGAAGACGGGUCAGAUCAGAGGGCUUCAGGCGGGCUUCAAUGAAAGCCAGCUCCGCCGAGCGGAGAGGCCUUCGACGGGAUGUUUGCGUCCACGCCGCCGUCCCCAGAGCCCCAGCUCUGCCCCCGCCUCUGCCGGCACCCAUGAAGCCCCCGCCGAUGAAGGCCCGAGCAGCCAAAGUGAGGCGGAAAGUGUCCGGAGACACUGAGCAUGUACUGGCGCGCCGGGCUCGCGUUAACAGGCUCCUGUGUGAUUGAUCUUGGCCAGACCCAGAUAGUCCCCUCCGGGUUUCUGGGUUCCGAUGACCAGCUGCCUUUUUCUGGGUGCAUCAUCGCGUACCCUCUGCAUCACCACGGCGGGAUCAUGUCAGCUUUGGGCUCGGAUUCGUGGUGGCGGAAAACCUUGUAUUUGACCGGAGGGGCUCUGCUCGCUGCCGCUGCCUAUCUGCUGCACGAACUGCUGGCAAUCAGAAAAGAAGAGGAGCUGGACUCUAAAGAUGCCAUUAUUCUUCAUCAGUUCUCCAGGCCCAAAUGUGGGGCCCCAUCUCUGUCCCCCUUCUGCCUUAAACUGGAGACCUACCUCCGUAUGGUUGAUCUACCCUACAAGAACUCCUUUGAUGGAAGGCUUUCUCCUCAAGGAAAGAUGCCGUGGAUCGAGUACAAUCACCAACAGGUCUUUGGGACUGAGUUCAUCAUUGACUUCUUGGACGAGAGGCUGGGGGUGAGCCUUAACAAGGGCCUCACGCCUCAGGAGAAGGCUAUGUCUCGUGCCAUCACCAAAAUGCUAGAGGAGCACUUCUACUGGACUAUUGCUUACUGCCAGUGGGUGGACAACUUGGAGGAGACCCAGAAGAUGCUGUCGGUGAGCGGACCGCUGAGUGACCUGCUCACAUGGAUCCUGAGUCACCUGAACAGUGGGAUUGUAAAGAGGGAGAUGUACGGACAUGGCAUUGGACGGUUCUCUGCUGAGGAGGUGUACACACUGAUGGAGAAGGACAUGCGCACACUGGCCACUCUGCUAGGGGAUAAGAAAUACCUCAUGGGCUCCAAACUUUCUACAGUGGACGCGACAGUGUUCAGUCAUUUGGCUCCGGCCAUGUGGACCCUGCCGGGAUCACGACCAGAACAGUUAAUCAAAGGAGAGCUGAUUAACCUGGCAAUGUACUGCGAGCGCAUCCGCCGCAGGUUCUGGCCGGAGUGGUUUGUUGACCUGGAAGACUUCAGCUACGACGACGUCACUGAUCGCAGUGAUUCCAAACUUCCCGAUCUCGGCCUCUACUCCCGCACGGACUCAUCCCGCGACACACUGUCACGCACGCCCCACACCUCGCACACGCCCACACCCCAGGAGCCGCCGUCGCCUGUCAGCGACCCCACAGGUCACUCUCUGUAUGACUCUGACAUGGACACAGAGUGUUCUGAGAUAGAUGCGCUCAAGUGUUGACGAAAGACACACUUUUUGCACACUCCACUGCAAAGGGGGGAGCUGUGUUCUUCUUUUUCUUCUUCCUUGCACCCACCCUUCUGUGAGCAGGAAACAGCUGGGGACUGUGGUUAGUGUUGCCUGAGUUGGCGAGGAUAAAGGAACAUAGAGCCAAGUCAGCAGGAAACGCAUAAAAGCUAAAAAAAAAAGGAUCAAAAUAUAUAGUGUUUGACAGCGUAAAAUAAAAAUGAGGAAAAUCAAAAAAGGAUGCUGCUGCUGAAAAACUCUUCCAUGAGGUUGACACCAUCCAGCCGCAGCCUUUCGUCCUUGUUGCAAUGUUGUUUCCAUGGCAACUGCAUUCCUAUGUGCCCCCUACCAUAGUCCAGCGUGAUAACCUGCACCACCCAGCUUUGUGUGAGUUAUGACUAGAAAAAAAACAACAAUCCACACUCAUGGAGAUGCAUCUCUGUUGUAAAUAUUUCAAGAAUCUGACAGAAUUUUCCGAUUGAAUCAGUAGACUAUUUUAACAUUUUGUGAAUAUAAGCAGUAAAGACCACCUGAAGAACAGAGAAUCCGCUCUUUUAUUAUGAAAUAUUGUAAAUAAUGCAGGUGAUUUAUCUUUAAAGCAUCUUCGGUCUGGGAUGGAGACCACAAAGCCCACUCGGCUGUCCUUGGAUCAAAAUAAUUUGCAGCUGUUUACAGACAGUUAGUGCUUGCUGCCCAUUUUUCAUGCGGAGGGGUUACGCUUCGUGAACCAAGGAAGCGUUUUAGAACCAUGCUUUCAUUUGUGCUUUAGCUUGCCCUAAAGUUGCCCUGCAGUCGAGCCAAGGUACGACAUCUGAGAAGGUAAAAGAGCAGGGCAGGCCUGUAAAAGUCCAUCUUUACCAUACAAUUUUAGUUGUUCUCUUAGUGUUUUUUUUUGUUUGUUUUGGUCAGUGUCUGUGACCAAAGCAGCGACACAAGUGCAAAUACAAGAUCUUGAAAAAGAACUUUUUAGUUUUUAAAUAAAUGUGUUGCUUCAGAAAUCAGCAGGAGAGAAAAUCUGCAGGGAUUCAUUUGAUGUCAGACUAAUACAACAGAUUAUGUGAGGGUCGGGGUUAAAUGUUCAUGUGUGUUUGUCAUGCAGCAGAUGCACAUACAGCAGUAUAGCUGGGCCAUGCUGAGGCAUUUUAAGGUGCUUCUUGCGUUUGCUUCUUUCCGUGCCACAUUUGGGGCUCAAGCUUGGAGGCUGGAGGUGAACUUAAAUGACAUGCAUGCGUCUUUUACCGUCAUUACUGCUCAAUGAUACUGAUACAAAUCAGGGGGGAAAAAGAAAAAAAGUCACUUCUGUGGAAGAAAAUUCUCACAUAGGAGAAAAAGAUGAAGUGAUCUAAGCUUGUGGGAUGAAGAAAUUGAUGUUUCCUUCGUCAGUGAACGAUCCAUAAAACAUAGUAUAGAGAUAUUCCAAAGCAAAUUUAUAAAUUACGUUAAAACCCCCAAAUACUAAUUUAGGUUCCUUUUGAAAACAAAAAAAUCUGUUUUCUGAACAGGCAUUUGGAAUGUCCCAGAGAUGAUAUAUAGUGACAUUUUUUCUUAUAACCAUAUAGCUAUAAUAAAAAUGAUUUAUGGUAGAUUUUUAAUGUUAUUUUUUUAUAGGUAAACUGGUGUUUAUUUAUUGUAUGAUAAUGUAGAAAUGAAAUUGAAAGCAUUCUGUUGUUUUUUCUCUGAACAAUCAGCAUGUGUGUGUGCUAAAAAACUUUAUUCAAUGUCUUAAAUUCCUCACUUCAUUUCUGUUGCCUUCUUCAAACAAAAGUCAGAUUUGUUGGAAAUGAAGUUACAUUACAGGAGUGCCAGUAUUUGAUUUUCUGUUGGUUUUUUUGUAUAAUUGUAUGAUGUUUAUGUUUUUUUAGCUACAAGGUGGAUUUUUUAUUUCGCUUUUUUCUUGUUUUGGAGGAAAAAAAUACUGUCAGACUAAAUGUACUGAUGUGUGUUUUGGUGCAAUAUUUAACCAUCUUCUCUAAAUCCAUAUUACAUUUACUGACAAAAUUCUUGCUGCUUUUUUUAUUUUUUCUUACUUUAUGCUCAAAACGUUUACUUUACUGGUUGAAGUUUGAAGAAACCUUUCUCAGAGUUACUUCCUGUUCAGUUUAGGCUGAGAAGCUGAACUGACUGAUCCCAGAUCAGCAGGGUGAGAUGUGAUCAGUGUCUCCUCACCUGUCGCAGGAGAAUCUGUCACCGGUAUCCAUGACCUCCUCUGUUUGUCCUCGUGCUUCAGAGCCUUUAAAAGGUCACCAUCAGGGUUUGCUUUUCCCGCCAGCAUUUCUGCUUGUAGAAGCCAUACUGCGUUGUCUCCUCGUGUUGUGUGGGAUAAGAUGUGGAAUUUCUUCAAAAUUGUAAAUAGGAGAGCCAGGAAAAAUAAAUAUACACAAGAAUAUAUAAAAUAUUGUGCAGAAUAAAGCUCUCUGUGAGGUUGGAAUCAAAGAUUCUCAUGAAUGUAUCACAAGUAGAGACAGAAGGCUGUACAGAAAAGAUUCAACUGAAAUAUUUCAAUAAAGCUGUGAUCCUUUCA